CACGUGCCAAAGAGUUCACAAUUUACAAGUCCCUUCCUUCAUUCCGAAAAAAGAAAAAGAAGAGCUCUCAAAAUACUAUGGAUUCUAUCGAAACGAAACCAAGAACCCUCGAGCUGACGGUGCUUUCCGCCGAGAACCUCCGCGUGAACGGAAAACCCGCCACCAAGAACGUGUUCGUGGUGGUACGCGCCGAAUCCCUAACCGCCCACACGACGUCGUGUAAGGGAAACGGCAGCAACUCCAACGGCUUUGUCUCGUGGAACGAGAAGUUUGUUGUGGAAGUUGCGGCACACGCGCGUAGCAUCGCGUUUGAGGUGAAGUGCAAGACGUCCCCCACGGGAUCCGUUAGGGACGUUGGGGUUGCCAGGGUGGCACUAUCUGAUUUCCUGGGAACCGUUGUACCUGAUCACUGCCUUCAGUUCUUGUGUUACCGGUUAAGGGAUUGGGAUGGCUUGAAGAAUGGCGUUAUUAAUUUCUCCGUUAGGGAUUUGACCGCUGCUCCGCCGCUUGGGAAGGUGGUUGGUGGUGGCUGUGACGGUUUUCAUGGGUUCCAAGAGGUGGUUGGUGUAAAGAGUGAGUGUUGUUCUUCUUCAUCUGCUUCUGAUAAUGCGGUUGUUACUGGCAUUCCUGUUUGGUGGAGAAACAACAUCUGAUUACAGCUGGCAAAAUUAUUCAGUAUGUUCAUUAAUCAUUGCUAGUAGCUUUUAUUUUAUUUUAUGUUUGAAUCUGUGGUUAACUACUCUAGAUUAGAUUGGAAGAUCACCUAAGUUUAUGAGAUCUAGAAAAUGCAACUUCCCAGCGUUAAAAAGUGUUUUGCAAAAUUUGAAUAACUAAUUCUUAGAGUGAAGGUUGCAUUGGAAGUAGGAACUCACUAUAUAUGAGCUAGUUUCCAAUUUGUAUUUAAGUUUGAAUAUGUUAACAUAAUGUGUGGUGUUAUUGUUUUCAUAGAAUUUUAAUUUCUUAACUUA